AUGGUGGCAUAUUUUCCCUCGAAACUUAGACUAGCAGUUCUACCCGAGACCAAAGCCAUAGAAGUUACAAGAAACGACAACACUACCAUUAUUUCGGGAGUUGAAGCAGAAUUUAUAAAACUAUUGGCGCGCGCAUUAAAUUUCGAUUAUGAGAUUAUUAUUCCCGCAGAUUUUUACGGGGAAAUGGAUGCAUCUGGAAACUACACUGGAAUGGCUGGAAUGUUGCAAAGGAAUGAAGUUGAUAUGGGAUUCACCUAUCUGGGUAUUACCGAAGAAUUAUCAAAAGUUGUAGACUUCAGCGUACCUUACUAUAAUCCUGAAAAAACCUUUCUGGUGAAUUAUGCUUCAUUCUUGCCAAAAACAUCAGCAUUCAUGUAUCCUUUCAGCUCACUCACAUGGAUUUUAUUCUUCAUCGUACUACUCCUUGUGUCAGUGCUUUUUCGAACUUUGAUUUCGCCAAAAGAUUCCAUUAUUUCCGUUUUUGUCAAUUUGUUGGGAUCUUCUUUCGGGCAAGGAAUGAACUACAACCCUCACUCAAUGUCCAGGCGGAUACCACUUGGAAUUUGGCUCCUUUAUUCAUACGUGCUAAUUUUAUGUUACAGCUCAGUCCUGUUAUCAGUUUUGACAUCUCCCAUCAGAAUGAAACAAAUAAAAGAUUUCAAGGAUCUCUACCUCGCAGUCAGAGAGGGGAAAAUGGAGUGUCUAGCAGCGGGGCCAACUGAUGAAGCAGAUAUUUUGAUGAAAAGCAUUGUACCGCAUUUAAGAGGAUUAGGAGAAUACAUUAAAAAGAAUAAUUGGUAUUAUCAUUCCUUUAACAACGAAAAAGUUCCAGAACAUGUAGCAAUGCUUGGUUCACCUGAUCUAUUUCGUGUGGCUAUUGGACCACCUGAAAAGUACUUUUAUUCAAAGGACGCUUUUGAAAAUUUUCAUUACGGGGUUGCAAUCAGGAAAACAUUUUGCUGCAAAGAGCGCUUCAAUUCAAUCGUACUACGAAUUUUAAGUGGUGGCUUAUAUAAUAAAUUCAAAGAAGAUGUCCUCUUUAAAAUGGAUUUAAUAAGAAAUUUAAAUAUGGGUCAUUCUCAGAGUACAUUAGAAUCACCUUUAGGGCUAUCAAAUUUAAAUGGAGUGUUUAUUAUUCUUGGUAUAGGCUGGACGGCAGGUAUUAUUGCUUUAUUGAUGGAAAUCUGCUACUGUAGAUGGUUACGACCAAAACAUCGCCAAACCUGA